UGUAUGUACGCUGAUAUGUACAAGCUAUACAAUCAGCAGACGGAACCGUUUGCUCUUGUGAACAUUGAGGCAUUUUAUGUUGACAAUCACGAAAUACUACGGUUCAGCAGCUACAAUAAAACUACAUCCUCAUGCGAAGCGCAUGGACUUAAAAUAGGUCAUUAACCCCAAAACCAAAUGACUGUGUGUAUGGUUAUCUGAUUGUGUAGAAUGUGAUGUAAUUAUUUAAAACCAUUCUUGUGUAACAGGUAAAUGGAAGAAUACCUUUAAAUAGCUAGUGGUCAGGAUUAGACGUAUAAACAAACAUGUCUGAUUGUAAGUUAGCGCUUUAAACGACGGAGUCCGUGGUAUAGAUUUACAGUUGUUUUACCGUUCUACUCGGAAAUUAAUUCUCGAAGGCCUUUACUUUUUACAUUGAAGAUAGGGUGCGGAAUUUAGGUCGGUUGAAGCAAGACAUUUCUUUGUUAAUUGUGUUUCAGUUUAUGCAGAGAAUAUAGUUGCCCUGGAUAGAUUACUGUUCAUAAAAGUCUAGAAUAGUUAUCUGCAUUCAUCAUGGAGACAAUUCUUGGAUGGAUUGAAACCAGUAGUAGCUGGUUUCUUUUGGACUUUUAUAAGCCAGAUGAGCUCAGUAAAGAAAACCCAGGUUCAUACUUUCCAAAGACUUCCGAUAUGUUCUUCCAAUCUAUUGCAUUUGGCUUAUUACUUAUAUUAGUGAGAUGGAUUUUGGAAAGAUCAGUAUUUAAACCGGUUGGAAUAAUUUGGGGUAUAAAAGACAAGAAAGUAUAUAAAAUAGCAGACAUUCCAGAACUUGAAAAGGCUUAUAACGUAUCAAAGACACUUCCACAUAAAACUGUACAGACAUUGAUGAAGAAGACAAGUCUUACAGAGAGACAAAUACAGAUAUGGAUAAGGAAACGAUACCAAAGAGAUGCUCCAAGUACAAUGCAGAGGUUUUGUGAAAGCAGUUGGAAUUGUGUAAUUUUAUCCAUAUUUGGAGUUUAUGGUGUAUAUUCUUUAUGGGAUAAACCAUGGUUUGCUAAGGCUAUAUACUGUUGGAUUGGAUGGCCUAAUCAGCAUGUUACAAAUGAUAUGUAUUGGUACUACCUAAUAGAACUUGGAUUUUAUUGGUCCACAAUGUUUAUGAUUACUGUUGAUCAUAAAAGAAAAGAUUCGACAGAGAUGACUAUCCACCAUCUGAUUACAAUAUCCUUAUUGCUAUUUUCAUGGUCGAAUAAUUUUCUAAGAAUAGGGACCUAUGUUCUUGUGGUCCAUGAUGCUGCAGACUCUUUACUAGCAGCAGCUAAAAUGUCAAAGUAUUGUGAAAAAGAGAGACUAACAGAAUGUAUAUAUUAUGUAUUCAUGGUUGUAUGGGUAUCUACAAGAUUAAUCAUAUUCCCAUAUGUAUUAUUAUAUACAACUGAUUUUGAAAUAUUCCAAGUAGAUGAACCAAUGAUCACAUUAGUUAGACUUUGUUGGCAGUACAAAGUAUUUAAUGUUCUUCUUCAUAUGCUGCUAAUACUUCACUUUUUCUGGACUUAUAUCAUAAUGAAGGCAGCCUACCUCCAAAUUAAACAAGGAGAGAUAAAGGACAUCAGAAGUGAUUCUGAAGAAGGAAACAGUGAAGGAGAGAAAAUAGAAGAUGAAAUCAACCGUAACAGUGACACAAACAAUGGAUAUAUAUCCCAAAACAAUGUCAAAUAAAUAACCUGUAUACACAAAAGACGUCAUAAGGGGUUACAUCAUUUAUGUGUUCCAAAGUUCAUUCCAUGCAUAUAUAUGUGUGCAGUACAUGCACAAACUUAGACCCUUGUUGUUGUUCGUUGUUCGUUGUCGUUCGUCAGGUGAACAAAUCCUGUAAAAAGUUAAGCUUAUUUUUAUAGUUUUGAAAUCCAUUUUGUUUGUUCAUUCCAAGUUCAUUUUUUAUUAAGCAUAUUUUUUUUCAACGAAAUGUUCUUGAGAUUGCAUUGUUGUUUUUUUUUUCUAGAAGAAAGUACAGUGAAAACUGUUUUAAGAGGCCACUUAAGGGAGAGCAAAAAGUGGUCUCAUAAGUCUUUUAAUACAGGUUCAAUCUAUAUGAAAUGCACUACAGAGGGACCCAAAAAUUAAUUGUCUUUUAACACCGUUAUUUGCUUAAAACGUGGUCUCUUAAGCAGGUUUGACUGUAUAACAAGAUUUUAUUUUUAAUGGAUCUCAGACCCAUGUUCGAGCAAACCAAAAUGUAGUGAACUUUUAAUCAGAUGAUCAUUUAAACAAUAAAAAAAAAGUUGCUUUAUACAUUUGUUAAAUUUUAUUUAAAUUACAUUGAUACAUCAUUUCAUACAUUAGAUUUACAUAAAUGAAAAACUCUAACUCUGUUUCUCUUUAAAAUUUAAAAGCCUACAAAAAAAUGCUGCUUGCAUGAUUACAUAUGUAUUUUAAUGUGAAUUUGAAUGAAAGGAGAUUCAAAGGAAUGACCAUAGAGCCUUGGACAGUAGAUAAAUGUCAUUAUUAGGGGUGUAGCUCUAAAUCACCCAUAAAGAGUUGUGUAUAAAUUUAAAUGUGGAAUACCUGUAUUCAGAUGAAAAAUUUCGUUCUCUUUUAACUGAAGAUCAUGAUGACUAACAAAUUAGGAGAAAAUAUAUAUAGCUAGCUAAUCUGAUCAAAUACUGAAUUAAUGGAUUAUGAAAGUUAAAUCCAAUCUUUCAUCCGUCCAUCACACUCAGUAUAUAAGAUUUAAUUGCCAAAUAAUUUUAUAUUUAUUUAUAUUUUAUUUGUUUAUACUUUAGAUUUGCAUAAUACAUGUAUUUGUUUAUUUGGAUGUAUAGUUUGAAAAGAGUGUGAUUUAAGUUACAUUUAGUGUGGUGCAAAUGUUAUGCUUUAUUUGUAUGAUGUGCAUAAGAACAUAUUAACAUUCUGGAAAGGCACUUAAAAAGUGAUUUUCAGUGAUUAUAUCAAAACACACCCAUUUGAAAAAUAGUUCAAACCUAAUGAAAUUGAAACAUCUUUACCAAAUAGACUAAAGUUUUAAACAGAUCACAACUUUUCAUAUGUGAAGUGUGUUUUUUUUUAAAUUUGUUUAACAUUAAUCCCAUGAAUGGAAACUUUCACUAAAUUUUGGCCCAAAUAUUGGACUUUCCCUUCUACUUUGUCAAGUUGAAUAAUUUUAAACAAUAGAAGUAAUAUUUAAUUAAAGUUUUUACCUUAUGAGAUGUUUUAUAUAAUGAGAUGUUAAUAUUAUAUAAUGAGAUGUUGAUAUUAUAUACUUUAGAAUUUGAUCAAAUUGACUGAAACUGUAAACUUUUUCAUAAUAUAAUAUGCUGACAUCAUCAAACCAUGUCUGUGGAUGCCAAAGUCCCAACAUGUACCUGGGAAAAUAUGAAUUAACAGAAGUAUCAAAUUGUAUAGGAAAAUGUUACAUUUUGCCCUCCACAACAUGUUAUGAAAAUGUUUCCAUGUUUACUGAACAUUUUCAUGUUUUAAACAAUAUUAUUUAUAUGCUCCACUUUAUAAAUAAGGGUCUAUACAUAAUUAUCAACUAUUGAUUCAUUUAUUUUUGUGGGUACUAAUUUUUCGAGGAUUAUAAAAAAUUUUAUUUUUGUGGUUUUCCAAUAGAAAAUUUGUUCUUCGUUGAACAUUUAAAUUUGUGGUUCACCCGUACCCACAAAAUACACGAAAAUUGGUAUCCCACGAAUAAUAAUGAAUCCACAGUAUCUCUGUUUAGAUAUUGAUACUAAAGUUAUUCAUUGGAAGAGAACAAAUAUUUGGAUUGCUUGAAAUUUUAUUGAUGCAAUAACAAAAUUAUACAUCAUUUUUGAUGAAUGAAGUUUUGUACAAAAUGUAGUGACAAAUAGUAUCUGUUAUCUUUUGUCUAUGUGAGUGUGUAUGUGUGUUUUUUUAAAUGCUUUAAUUCAGAAAAAGAAAAAAAGAGGAAAAUGUAUUUAAAAUGGAAUGGCUUAAAUAAUUAAAAAAAUUAUUAUAUAAUUUGUUAGGCCUUUCAGGAACAUUACAACAAAUCACUGUACAACCAUCAUUUCAGUAUAAUUUGUUCAUGCCAGUGGCCUGAAAAAUCCAGGAUUUUCAAAAAGGGCCCUACCAAAAAUAUAAAGCAGGAGGAGAUGGGGCUCUACUGUCAAAAAUCAGAAUAAUGUAUUUCAAAAAUGCAAAUUUUUACCAUAUAGGGGUCUUCGGCACUGUGGGCCCCUUCCAACCUUGAUUUACCCGCGUUAUAAAGUCAAAACAUUUAGAAAUGGAUAUUUAAGAUUAGCUUAGAAUAGAUAAUAGAUAUUACAUUAGUACUGAUGUUGUGCAUUAUAACAAUAUAUUUUAUUUUUAGCAUUGUAGUAUGAAUAAUGUGUGAAUAUUUUUGGUAGUUUAUAUGAUACUUACAAGUAAAAAGAUAGCCGUGCAUUCGUUCUAUCAUCAAACAUCUAAUAAGUAGUAUUUUAAGGUAGAUUUAGACCAUCAUGCUGUCUUUGUAAUGCUUUUCAAAUAAUUUAGAAUUUAGUUCAUGGCCAGGCAUUAAAUGUUUGCAAUUUUUUUUAAAGUUCAAUCUUAUUCAAAUACUUAUCCUAUAUCAGCUUAGCUGAGAAUGAUCUGUGUUUUACUUUCUAUUUUCAUAAUCAGUGUGUCAACCAGUAAAACUCCCACCUUGAAAUUUGUCCAGGUAUGUAAUGUUAAGGGAGCUACCAUUUGAUUUUUAUGGGGGGGGGCUAGGAUGAAAAAUUUUGUCCUGCAUUUUUUUUUUAGUAAUCUCUGUCCUGCAUUUUUAUUUUUCACUCUAUUCGGUCCUGCAUUUUUUUUUUUUUAUUAGUUUAUCCUGACUUUUUUUUACAUAAAUUGUCAUCCUGCCUUUUUUUUUUUACUCAAAACUCCUGUCCUGCCUUUUUUCAAAUUUCAUCCAAGCCCCCUCCCCCAUAAAAAUCAAAUGGUAGCUCCCUAAUUUGAAUCCAGAAGAUCACCCAAAGGUCUUUAGUGUAGAAAGUAACAGAGAGCAUUGUCUGAUCCUUGUCAGGGAAACAUAGACACAGGAUCAGUAUUUCAUUCAGAUUAGUAGAUUUAGCUUUUUGGAAAGAUAAUUUAAAAUACCUGAAAAAUGUCAUAGUGAAGAACUUAAAAGAUUUGAAUUUAAAUUGAAAAAUUCCUUUUUAAUGUGAUUCACUGGUGGCAGUGCUCAACAGGAAAUGAAAUAAAUUAACAUGUUUUGUAGUUAUAAUAUCUGAGAUAAAAUUCAGUUUCAUUUAAAAGUAAUUGAUUGAUUACGUUAAAUAGAAGAAAUAGUGUAUGUAGGGAUUUAUAUAAUUUUUUUCAUCAUAGUCGCUUUAUUUCCAAUUAGUAUUGAAUCAUUUAAGUGCCAUCUAGUUUUACUUAGUUGAUCCUGUUUACUUUGAUUUAUUUAUUUUUCGUGUUAAAGGAAAUAUUAUGUUUUUGUGGAUAUUAGAUUUCGCAAAGUCUGCAUACAACUCUUUAGAAAAUUUGUACUCCCUUGAACAUUUCAAUUCAUGGUUAACCUUACAUCCUUGGAAUCAACUGAAAUUGGUAUCACAAGAAUAAUAAUAAAACCUCAGUAUUCCACUUACAUAUUUUAAACAUGUUUUAAACUCUAACUUAACAUUUACACUGUCCGUCUUGACUGAACUGAAGUUUAUAAAAUGUAUAUGAAGGAAAUUUAUUGAUCACUCUUUACAAGAUUAUCAAUAAAUACAAAAAGCUAUCUUUAGUUCUGAGGAGUUUUAUCAAGACUAAUACAUUGUUUUGGUGGUAUAGUAAUUAUUUUAAGACUAAUACAUGAAAUAGUUGGCACUGGAUAUUAAGCAAGCAACAAUCACUCAAUCAAGACUAAUACAUAUUUUUGCAAUAUAUUUACUGAUAUUAGUCUUCUUAUACAUUGCGGUUGAUAUAAAAGACAAAGUGUGAAUAUUCACCUUUUUUUUUUCUUUUUUUUUUUUAUCAAAGAAGUUAUUUUGUUUAGCCAAACUGUAGUGCCUUAUUAUUCCCUGGGUGAUGCUUACACAUUUGAAUUGCUAUUGCACCUUUAAUAUAAGAUCUUUCUAACUUUUGUUGAUAUAUUUUCUUAAAAAAAGUUUUUAGAUUUGAACUUAGUAUAUAGUGACAAUCCUUAAAGAGAUGACAUGCAAUAGUAGCUUCAGUAUCGAAACAAAAAAACAUGAAAACCACGAUUUAAAAUGAAUUUAGCGACUUUUUAUCGUUUGAUAAUGAGCUACGCAAUUUAAAAAUGCAUUGGAUUCUUUUUAUUGUUUAUUUCUUCUUUGUAUUUUAAAACUUGUUAUUACAUGUUGAUUGAUAAUAUAUGUUGUUAUUUUCAUAUCAUAAUCAGUACUGUAAAUAUAUAUACGAAAGUAUGUCUUGACCAAGUUUUGUUAUGUGUUUUUUUAUGUAUCAAUUUGAUUUAUACUAAAUUUGGGGGUUAAAUGACAGAAUUAAUAAUUCUGAAUUAUUUGUAUCAAGAUUAUAUGUUUUCAUUUGUUAUAUUUGAAAGUUUAUCAAGAAGGGAGACAAUCUUUAAAAUUAAUCAAGACUUUAUUCAGAUUUCCAAGUGUUAAAUGAAAUGUUAUUAUUGUAUAAUUUAAAGUAUUUCUUUCCAAAAUAAAACUAAUGCAAUGCUCA